GCGCCCUGCGCAGCGCCGUCAUGGCGGCCUCCGCGGCGGAGGCCCGGGCGCUGUUCGCGGAGGGCGUGGGGGCCGUGCUGGGGGGGUGGGCGGCGCUGCAGUUGGCCGUGGCCCAGGGCUUUGGGGGGCCGCAGGGCACCGAAAAGGCCGCCUGGCUCCGCUCGGCCCUGCUCGAUUUCUUCACCCAGAACGCUGACCUGGAGCAGGAGGAGGUGGAGGAUUUCCUGGCUGAGGUGAUGGACAACGAGUUCGACACCGUGGUGGAGGACGGCAGCUUGGAGCAGGUGAGCCGGGAGCUGCUGACGUUGUUCUCCCGGGCGCGGGGGGGGGGCACGGGGGGGGGGGGGGGGGGGCCCGGGGGGCUCUGGCCCGAAGGGGCCCUGCCCUGGCCACCGCCCUGGCCACGGCCCGGCCCGGGGGGGACCCUGAGAGCCCCCCCGGGACCCCCCCGAGCUCCCCCGGGACACCCCAGAGCCCCCCCAGGACACCCCCUGGCCACGAGCAGGAGGAAGAGGAGGAAGAGGCGAUGGAGUGCGGGACACCCCCGCCCCCCCCCGACGGCUGGACCCUCGUGCAGCGGCGGCGGCGGCGAUGAGCGGGGGGAGGGGUGUCAUGUGUGUACCCCCCCCCAAAUUGGGGGACACCCCUCCCCCACCCUGCUCCCCAAAUUGGGGGGGAAUAAAGGCCCCUCCCCCAAAGGGGGGGAUGGGAAGAGAAGUCGUGUGGUUAUUGGGGGGAGGGACCCCAUAGAGACCCCCGGGACCCUAUAAAGACCAUUGGACCGCACAGAGUCCCACUGCCUCUCAGUACAACCCAGUGCCCCCAGCCUGCCACUCCCAAGAUGGCGGCGACUAAUGUCUCGUCUCCACGGCAACGGAGGGGCGGGGCCUCCUCGCCACGUACGGCGAUUGGCCGUCACUUUGUGGGGC